UAAGGGGAGGAGGGGGAUUAUUUAAGCAAAUAAAAUAGAAUCCGAGCCUUCUCCGGUGCAAUUUUUCUCUCCCUCUGGCUCGUCGCUGGGAUUAAAAACCUCCUCUUGGCAGUAGUGGCAGCAGCAGCAGCCAUGAAUUCAGCGGAACAGACCGUUACAUGGCUGAUCACCCUGGGGGUGCUGGAAUCGCCCAAAAAGAGCAUCUCGGACCCGGAGGGAUUCUUGCAAGCGUCUCUGAAAGACGGGGUGGUGCUGUGCAGGCUGCUGGAUCGCCUGCUGCCGGGCACCAUAGAUAAAGUUUAUCCGGAGCCCCGCACGGAGAGCGAGUGCCUGAGCAAUAUCCGCGAGUUCCUUCGGGCUUGCGGCGCCACCCUCCGCCUAGAGACCUUUGAUGCAAAUGAUCUUUAUCAAGGACAGAACUUCAACAAGGUGCUUAGCUCCUUAGUCGCCCUAAAUAAAGUAACAGCAGACAUUGGGCUAGGAAGUGAUUCUGUGUGUGCAAGGCCAUCAUCUCACCGGAUAAAGUCAUUUGAUUCCCUGGGAUCCCAAUCUUUACAUAGCAGAACUUCAAAACUUUUUCAGGGCCAGUAUCGAAGUCUGGACAUGACAGAUAACAGCAACCAUCAGCUGGUGGUAAAAGCAAAAUUUAACUUUCAACAGACCAAUGAAGAUGAACUUUCUUUUACAAAAGGAGAUAUUAUCCAUGUUACAAGGGUGGAAGAAGGAGGCUGGUGGGAAGGAACUCACAAUGGCAAGACAGGCUGGUUUCCUAGCAAUUAUGUACGAGAAAUAAAAUCAAAUGAAAAACCUGUCUCCCCUAAAUCGGGAUCCCUGAAGAGUCCUCCAAAAGGAUUUGAUACAUCUGCUAUUAGCAAAAGUUAUUACAAUGUGGUGCUACAAAACAUUCUAGAAACAGAAAAUGAAUAUGCUAAGGAGCUACAGACCAUGCUUUCUAACUACUUGCGACCCUUACAAGCUAGUGAAAAGUUAAAUUCUACAGAUACUUCAUAUUUAAUGGGGAACUUAGAGGAAAUCCGUUCUUUUCAACAAAUGCUUGUACAGGCUUUAGAAGAAUGCACCAAGUUACCUGAAACACAGCAGAGGGUUGGUGGUUGCUUUCUAAAUCUGAUGCCACAAAUGAAAAAUUUAUACCUUGCGUACUGUGCCAACCACCCAUCGGCAGUAACUGUUCUCACAGAACACAGUGAAGAGCUAGGAGAAUUCAUGGAGAUGAAAGGAGCCAACAGUCCUGGGAUUCUUGUACUGACCACGGGCUUGAGCAAACCCUUUAUGCGCCUGGAUAAAUAUCCCACAUUGCUCAAAGAACUUGAAAGACAUAUGGAGGAUUAUCAUCCAGAUCGUCCUGACAUUCAGAAAUCCAUGACGGCCUUCAAAAAUCUUUCUGCACAAUGUCAAGAAGUACGGAAACGAAAGGAACUUGAACUCCAAAUACUCACAGAAGCCAUCCGUUCCUGGGAAGGAGAGGAUAUUAAAACACUGGGAAAUGUUAUUUAUAUGUCACAAGUCAUGAUUCAGUGUGCUGGUAGUGAGGAAAAGAACGAAAGAUACCUUCUUCUCUUUCCUAACAUUUUGCUCAUGUUGUCUGCCAGCCCUAGGAUGAGUGGAUUUAUUUAUCAGGGAAAACUACCGCUGACAGGUAUGGCCAUCACAAAGCUAGAAGAUAGUGAAAGUCACAGAAAUGCAUUUGAAAUAUCAGGAAAUAUGAUUGAACGAAUAUUAGUAUCCUGUAACAACCAGCAAGAUCUGCAUGAAUGGGUAGAUCAUCUGCAGAAACAAACCAAAGUAACAACUAUUGGGACUCCUAUUAUUAAACCUCAUUCUGUGCCAUCUCACACGCUUCCUUCUCAUCCUCUAACACCAUCUAGCAAACACUCAGACAGCAAGCAAAUGCCACUAACUCCAGUAUACCAUACUCUUCCACAUCCUUCACAUCACGGGACACCGCCUACUACUAUAAACUGGGGACCCCUUGAGCCUCCUAAAACUCCUAAGCCAUGGAGUUUGAGCUGUUUACGACCAGCACCCCCAUUACGGCCUUCAGCAGCGCUCUGUUAUAAAGAGGAUCUCAGCAAAAGUCCUAAAACCAUGAAAAAACUGUUGCCCAAGCGAAAACCUGAACGGAAACCAUCAGAAGAAGAGUUUGCACUCAGAAAAAGUACAGCGGCAUUAGAAGAAGAUGCUCAGAUUCUAAAAGUAAUUGAAGCUUACUGCACAAGUGCCAAAACACGCCAAACAUUAAAUUCAACAUGGCAAGGCACUGACCUGAUGCAUAAUCACGUCUUGGCUGAUGAUGACCAAUCAAGUCUAGACUCCUUGGGUCGUCGCAGUAGCCUUUCUCGUUUGGAGCCUUCCGACCUCUCUGAAGACUCUGACUAUGACAGUAUAUGGACAGCCCAUAGUUACAGAAUGGGGUCUACAUCUCGCUCCCGCAAAGAAUCUGCUCCCCAAGUGUUGCUUCCAGAGGAGGAGAAAAUAAUUGUAGAAGAAACAAAAAGUAAUGGUCAGACUGUGAUCGAAGAAAAAAGUCUUGUUGACACAGUGUAUGCAUUAAAGGAUGAAGUACAGGAAUUAAGACAGGAUAACAAAAAGAUGAAGAAAUCAUUGGAAGAAGAACAAAGAGCCCGCAAGGAACUUGAAAAGCUUGUCCGGAAAGUUCUAAAGAGCAUGAAUGAUCCUUCUUGGGAUGAAACCAAUUUAUAGAAAAGUUACCCUUUUUCUUUCUAUUGAAAGACCAUUUGUUGGAUCAAGCUGAGAAACCUUCUGACAUUUAGUCAGUGUUGCAUAAAGAGCACUACAAAGCAGGACUUAACUGGAUUGAAUGAUUUUUCUUUCUUACAAUAUAUAAUAAUGUUCAAUCAAUUCACUGAAGCUGUCUGUACUGAAGUGUAGAUAGCAUGGACCCUGAACUCUACUAGACUUAACUCAACUGCAUUUAAAUUACCUCAUCUUGCAGCAAAUGCAACAGCUGGCUAAGAAGUCUGUUUUCCAGGGGCUUUUAAAAUUAAAUAUAUCUUUUCCUCCUCCCCACCUUGUAAAUACUACCUGUAAUUCUGAAUGCAUAUGUAAUCAGUGUAUCAGGACUGAUACAGUGUUAUACUUUGUCCUGUAAUGGAUGCAGCUAAGCAGCAGACAUCACGGUGGUUGAUGCUCUCCUAAAAUUUACUGACAAUUCUGUGUUGUCUGAGAUAAAAUGUUUUGAAUUGUUCUAGAUAUAGUAGACAUCAUUGUAAAACAUAUUUUUCAUAAUUUCCCAGCAUAUCUUGCAGUAUUCACCAGUCUAUUUUAAUAAUUUAAUUUUAUUUAUGUCUGUUUAAAGCAUCAGACACAGUUCUAAUGUGCUUUUUAAAAACACCAACAAACGGUCAACUGGCACCAUAUUUGUAUCAAAGCUAAUUUACUUAAAAUCUAAAAUGGAUACUUAUUUUAUGUUGGCAUGCCAAUAUGCAGAAUAGCCACUUAAAAAUGGAUGUACUUGUUGGUUUUUUAAAAAAUGGUUAUUAGAUUUAUGUAUUACAUUUUUUUAAAUGGUUGGGCAUAUACUUUAACAUACAGCUGGCUGGUAUUUUAAUGGAACACUCAAUCACUGUUAUCCAUGAAAGUCCUUUUCUAGGGUGUUGGAGUUUUGUGUUUUUGUGUUUUUGUUUUGUUUUUGGUGAAUAAAAUGUAUUUAUUUUUACUGUGACAACAAGAAGUUUUAGGUUAACGCUUACCUGUAGAGCAUUUGGAUAAUUCAAACCUGGAACCUGGCAUUGAUCUUCCACUACUGUGCAAAAAAAUAAUCAUUUUUCUCUAUCAAGUGAAAUAAUGAGUUCAAGUGAAACAAUAGUCCACUUACCUCCAUUCCCUUUAUGCAACAAAUAAAAAAUUAAAACUG